UUUUCAUAGAGUCAGUUGAGCUUCUGUGAGCUCUAGCGUUUAGCUAGCUAGUCCCAUCUUUUCGACAAUCCAGGGCGCAACAGGUUUCUAGCUAACGUUAACUAGCUAGUCAGCUGAUGAAUGAUUGCUAGCUUGUACCAACAUUGUUUGAUCAGCUACAUGUACAUCACCGCUAAAUUACAUAUCCACAACUUCACAAGCAUACGGGGAGAACAACUAAACACAGAAAGUCCUGUUGACAUCACCUCCUAUCUGCAGCGGCUAUGUCGUGCCGGGACAUCCACGCCACCAAUGCCUUCUCCUUCAUCAUCGCCUUCAUCUCCGUGGGCGGCAUCGCUGUGGCGGCGCUGAUACCACAGUGGCGAGUGACACGACUUGUCACCUUCAACAAAAACGCCAAGAACAUCAGUGUCUAUGAUGGCCUGUGGGCCAAGUGUGUGAAACAAGAUGGCUACUCUGGCUGCUACUACUACGACUCAGAGUGGUAUUCUAAAGUGGACCAGUUGGACCUGCGACUGCUCCAGUUCUGCCUGCCGACUGGGCUACUGUUUGGCUCCCUGGCCCUGGUGCUGUGUAUGGCAGGCAUGUCUAAGACAUGCUGCUGCUCUGAUAAGGCUGAGACAGACAUCAAGAGUACCCGUUGUCUGGUCAACAGCGCAGGCUGCCACCUAGUGGCCGGGAUGUUCUUGUUCCUGGGCGGUGCUAUCGCCCUGGCGCCCUCCGUGUGGUUCCUGUUCCGGACCAAAGAGAUGAACAUCAAGUAUGACCGCAUCUUCUCAGACGGGUUCGCGGUCUACGUGGCCAUCGGCUGUUCCGGCGGCCUCAUGCUCGCCGCCCUGCUGAUGUUCAUGUGGUACUGCAUGUGUAAGAAGCUACCCUCUCCCUUCUGGCUGCCUCUCCCCACACUUCCUAAUUCCCUCUCCACACAGCCCCUCACAGCCAACGGGUACCCCCCCUCCCCCGUCUACGGACCCCCUCAGACCUUCCCUCCACAGGGGUACGUCCCCACUGUGAUGGAUGCCCAGCCCUACACUCCCUCCCAGGGCUACCCUCAGAGCGUAGCCCCACUGGCCCAGCAGCCUCAGCAGGUCUAUAUGUCCCAGAUGUCAGCCCCGGAUGGGUAUGGGUCAGAGGUGGGGCAGAACCAGGCUUACAGCUAUGCCCUGUCCCAGAGUUAUGCCCCCUCUCAGGUGGGCUACGCCCCCAGCUACGUAGGCCACCGCUACUCCACACGCUCACGCAUGUCUGGCAUAGAGAUAGACAUCCCUGUUCUAACACAAGGCCUCUGAGGGAGGGAGGGCUGCUGCAAGAACACUGAGUCCUGGUUCCAUUUAGCUGUCCUGUCUCCUGUAAAGGGUGUGUACUGUCAGUGAAGGAUAUGACUGUUGGUCAGUCUGCACUAGAAAUACAACUGUGUGUCACUCAACCAAGCACUGCACUGUUAGACACAGUUUAGUAUGCAGGCUCCUCAUCUGGUGAAAGGACACCAGAGAUGCCCCAUAAUGAAGUCUGAAUUCACUGUUACAUUUUGAUAGAAAAUAUUGUUUUCUAAUUGCACCUAUUUGUACAUCUCUUAAUGUAAAUCUGCUUGAAACCUCAUAGCAUUUCUACACUGUGUAUAUUGUGUUCACUAAUAUUUCAACUGCUAAGAAAUGAACUAAACUGUACUUUAACCGUGAGGUAACUUGAUGUAGUGAGGUGAAAGGGAGUGACACUAACUGGCUGUGAUGUCUUUGUUGUGCCUGUUUAUAUUAUUGGUCUGUUAAGAAAUACUACUGCUGUGCCUUGUUCAGAACAGCCAUAUUACAUUGCUUAGUUAUUCUGUUUUUGUAUUAAUACUGUAAUAUGUUACUGUUUCUUUUGUUCUGCUAGUUUUCGGGCAUUGGAGAUAUUAUAAUAUGCUGUAACAUGUGAGAUGACAUGGGAAUGUCCUAAUGACCCAUCAACAGUACAGCAGUGGCUCUAAGGCCAUGACUUUUUAUAUGUACACAUAUCAUGAUGCCACCGUACAUCAAAUGUAUAAAGCCCUUUUUACAUCGGCAGAUGUCACAAAGUGCAAUAUCAUGAAGGUAGUUGUUGACCUGUCUCCUUUGUUAAGGUGCCUGGGAGAUAUGAUUGAACCAGAACACAUACUGCUCCUCUGACCAAAGGAACGUCAAAAUGAACAUCUUAUUUUAGCUCCGGAACACUGCCAUCUGUCGCCUGUCCUUUUUGUCAAAUUGUAAGUCUACACUGAGCUGUGUAAGCAAACGUAGAGCUACUCUUGUUUCCACUUCAUUCAUCCACUACUGGGCUCCUGAGUGGCGCAGCAUCUCAGUGCUAGAGGUGUCACUACAGACCCUGGUUUGAUUCCAGGCUGUAUCUCCAUGAUUGGGAGUCCCAUAGGGCGGCGCACAAUUGGCCCAGCAUUUUCCGGGGUAGGCCGUUAACGGACUUGCCUAGUUAAAUAAACUGUCAUUGAUUUCACAUGAAGGGGAGGGGGGGUUCACUACACGGUAACAUCACAUUCCAUUGGAUGUGCUGGUUCUAAAAUGGUAGAACACUGGCUGAAUGCACUGGGCCUCUUAUGAUUCUACAAUCUAGAGAAAGGAUUCUGUGAUUUCUGUUGCAUUCUAUCCGUAAACACUAGUUUUGACCAAACUGUCCUCUAACUCGUGUGUUGAUUUAAUCUUUAAUACCCUUUGUAUCAGCCGUAACGUCUCCGACAUGCUCUCUCUGUUGCAGUGCUGCAUGUACAGUCUGUUCUUAUCUCUAUGGAAAAUGUCUUUGUUCACCAGACCUUUUUCUCAAUAAAAUUUGUAUCUAAUUAAACUAUG